UUGGAGUCUGUGUGUUACCACAAAUCCCCCCUCAGUCCCCAGUGGCAAUGGCACCACAUGACAAGAUUUUAGUAGAAGAGGCAACCAAGUGGAACCACAGAAGACCAAAGAAGAAGCAGCGACGGGUUGACAACAAAAAUACCAGUGUCUCCCCAGGAAGUGGUCAGCCCCACAGCAACAUGAAGGUGGCCAGGUCAACAGAGUGGCAGUAUGCAGAAAACAUGGUCAUUACCGAUGUUUCAGAGUUGAUUUUGCUGGAUGAAUUUUUAUCGCAGAAGCAAAGAGGGUUCUCUAAUGAUAUCUCUGGGAACAGGCAGGAUACAGUCUUUGACAGAAUCUUCAAAGGAUCUUUAGACAAGUUUAGAAAAGACCUCAAAUCGUUGAUAGGAGUGGAAGCCAUUAAAGAGAAGUCUUUUGUGAGAUACCGUGACCUGUUUGAGCAGUUUCGAUACAUUCUAGAAGCAGAGAUGAAGAGAGAGAAGACUGAUGCUCCACUUGUCAUGUCAAUCAAUGCAUUCCGAGGUUUCCUAGAUGAGUUCCGCAAGCAGGAGGAAGCUAGAACUCGUGACAUCAAAAAAGAAGAUCGCCGGGUGGACAAGAAAAAUAUUAAACGAGAGAAGCAUAAGAAAGCUUCAGACACAGUAGAUUUCAAUGGACACAGAUACCAGCAGGUGCAGUUCAAUAUUCCCACAUUUUGUGAAGUUUGCAGUUCGCUGAUCUGGAUCAUGGAUAAAGGAUAUGUUUGUCAAGAUUGCAAGCUGGCAUGCCACAAGAAGUGUUACAGCAAACAGAACUCACCGUGUAAGGGUGCUGCAGAGAAUAAGGGUCAGCCCUGUAGCCAGUUGUUCGGAGCUCAUCUGGAUACAUUGGUCAGUGACACACAGAAAAUUCCUCUUGUGUGUGAGAGAAUCAUGUCCACACUGGAGAGGACAGGCCUGUACAUUGAAGGAGUUUAUCGCAAGUCCGGAGCUGCACCAAAAGUCAAGGAACUCAAGGCUGCCCUAGAAGCAGAUGUUGAGGGAGUGACCUUGGAGGACUACCAUGUGCAUGUCUUGACGUCUGUACUGAAGCUUUUCCUCAGAAAUCUCCCGGAACCUCUGCUGACAUUUGACCUCUUUGAUGACUUUGUGCGCACUACAGAGAUAAAAGAUGAGAAGGAAAUGAUCAGGUCUGUAUUUGAGAUCCUCAAAAAGCUGCCCCGGUCUAGUUUCGACUUGUUUGAACGACUUUGUUUCCAUCUAGCUUGUGUUGCCAUGCACAGUGACAGCAACAAAAUGAGUGCUAGUGCUUUGGCAGUCAUCUUUGCUCCAGUUUUGCUGGGGACCAAUAAGAAACUUCAAGCACAGGAUGCCAUCGCUUUGAUGCCCAAGCAAAUGGUGUGCAUUGAGUUGAUUCUCAAGGAGCAGAUCCGAACUGUAAAGUCCAAGCUUGAGGAUAUUGAUAUUCUAGAAAGUGCAGAGAAGACAACUGGAGAAAGACUGAAUGCUGUCCGUGCAAGUCUUCGCACUGUUCGUCAAAAGUCACCUUUAACAAGUCCAUCGAAACAAGUUUCGGUGCCAUCACAGGUUAAAGUCAACGGAGCAGAAACAAUAGUAGAUGCAGGCGAUACGGAAACUGAAGAAUCUGAAGUGGAUAUAGAGUGUAAUGAUCUUGCAAAGGAGGAACAAGUUCUGGCUCGCCAUCUCUUGUCUAUACACAAAGAAAAAGACAAGCUAACUUACAAACUGUCAAUGUUGGAGAGCAGACAGGGAAGCAGUGAUGAGGAUGUCUUGUCUGGGGAUGAUGUUGAUUCUGUUUUAGGUGCAGACGCAAUGUGUGAAGAGUUUGCUAUCAGUUUUCAGCCAUCUGCUGCAAGACCCUCGCUGCAACAUAUAACUAAGCACCGAGCACACUUACCAAGCAACAGGCUUUUGCCUCAACGCUUUGCCAGGCGAGUGAAAUCAUUCAGCGACAUGGAUGAUGUCAGCGAAGUUUGUUCAUCGGAACUCAUUCCUGCAAUCAGCAUUCAGCAGUCUCCAAAACUGUCUCAGAGUUUGGACACCUUAGCUGCAGAAUCCAUCUAUGUGACUGUACCGGACUUGUCAUGUAUGCAAGAGGAGGAUGAGAUCAUGGUAUGA